UUAGGCAAACAAUAACAUAUUGUAGUUGUAGUAAUCUAGAACUUUUCGAAGGGAGAAUUCUGGAGUAAUUAUUUUCCCACUCACUAAGAAGAAAUGGCAGAAGCAAUCCUCUUCAUCAUUGCAGAGGAAAUUAUCAGAAAGUUGAGUUCUCGUGGCCUCGAGGAGAUUGGUUUGUUGUGGGGAGUCAAGGAUGAGAUUGAGAAGCUCAGGAAAACAGUUUCCACGAUCAAAGCAGUGCUUCUUGAUGCAGAGGAUCAGUCUUCGGUGAGUAUUCAAGUUCAAGAAUGGCUUAGCAUGUUGAGAGAAGCUUUAUACGAUGCAGAUGACCUGUUAGAUGAUUUUUACACAGAGACUCUUCGGAGGCAAGUGAUGUCUGGUGAUAGAAUUGAGAAGAAGGUACGCCGUUUCUUUUCACAUUCAAAUCAGCUUGUUUAUGAUUUCAAAAUGGGUCACAAGAUUAAAGAGAUUAUGGAUAGAUUUGAUGAGAUAGCUUGUCUUAAGAAGUUCCAUUUACAGGAACGUCGAGAAGAGACAUCUGAAAUGAGAAGGGAAAGGGAGCAAACUCAUUCUUCUUUACCACAAGUAGUUGUUGGUAGAGAAGAAGACAAGAACAACAUUUUAGAGCUUUUGUGUGGUUCCUACUUUGAAGAGAAUGUGUCAGUGAUUUCAAUAGUUGGGAUUGGAGGAUUAGGAAAGACAACAUUAGCUCAACUUGUAUACAAUGAUCAGAAAGUUAAAACACAGUUUGAUCUUAAAUUAUGGGUUUGUGUUUCUGAUAAUUUUGAUGUGAAACUCAUUGUUGAAAAGCUUAUAGAAUCUGUCACUGGUGAGAGAUGUAGUAAUCUUGAGAUGGAUACAUUGAAAAACACCCUUCAUGAAAGUAUUAUUGGGAAAAAGUAUUUAAUUGUGUUGGAUGACGUAUGGAAUGAGAAUCCUGCUAAAUGGUUUCGUCUAAAGGAUUUAUUAGUAGGUGGUGCGAGAGGAAGUAGAGUAAUAAUAACUACGCGUCUGAAGAGGGUUGCCGAGAUAACACGCUCAAUUUCAAUAUAUGAAUUGCAGGGCUUAUCUGAAACUGAGUCCUGGUUAUUGUUUAAACAAAUGGCAUUUAAACAAGGGCAAGCGCUGAGCCCGAGUCAUGAGGCAAUUGGAAAGGAGAUUGUAGCAAAAUGUGUGGGGGUUCCUCUAGCCAUUAGAGCGAUCGGAGCUCUGCUGUAUUUUAAGAGUACCGAAUCUGAAUGGUUGUCUUUCAAAAAUAAGGAACUAGCAAAAGUAGAUCAACAUGGAAGUAAUAUUUUACCGAUUCUUAAAUUGAGUUAUAAUCAUCUCCCCUUACAUUUGAAGCGUUGCUUUGCCUAUUGUAGAUUAUUUCCAAAAGAUUACAGAAUUAAUGUACAAACAUUGAUACAUCUUUGGAUGGCACAAGGAUAUAUCAUAUUACCACAUCCUUCCCAAUGCUUUGAAGAGAUUGGUCUUGCAUACUUCAUGGAUCUUCUUUCAAUGUCUUUUUUUCAAGAAGUUGAAAAGGACAUUUGGGGCAACAUAGAAUCUUGUAAAAUGCAUGAUUUGAUGCAUGAUCUUGCUGCAUUGGUGAGUGGACGAGAAAGUGCUUUAUUAGAUUCAAAUUUAGCAUAUGUUGAUGAAAGAACUCGCUAUAUAUCAAUUGCUUCCAAUUCAGACUCAACAUGGGAAAUUUUACCUUCCUUGCUUAAAGCAAGCAAGGCAAGGUCAUUGCUUCUACCAAAUGGAUCAAAAUGGGGUAAAAUCCAAAAAGACCAAUGCCAUUUGAUUUUUUCUAAACUCAGAUAUUUACGGGUGUUAGAUCUACAUGAUUCAGGCAUUGAGACAGUGCCAAGUUCUGUUGAUAAACUGAAGCUUCUAAGGUAUCUUGAUCUUUCUGGUAAUGAAAGGAUCGAGGUACUACCUGAGUCUAUUACAGGACUGCAAAAUUUACAAGUGCUGAAACUAAUAGGGUGCAUGGCGCUUGAACAACUGCCAAAAGAUGUUAAAAAGUUGGUAAAUCUUAGGCAUCUUAGCCUGGAAUCAUGUUAUUCCUUAACUCAUAUGCCUCGUGGGAUAGGGAGAUUGACUUGCCUCGAAAAAUUAUCAAAUUUCCUAGUUGCCAGAGAUAGUUCUGUCUCCAAGCAUACUGGUGGACUUGAUGAAUUACAUGCCUUAAACAACUUGAGAGGAGCACUGCGAAUCAGUUUGGGAUAUGCAGUGAAAAAUGGAGCAUCAGCAUCAGAUUUUGAGGCUGCCAAUUUGAAAGAGAAGCAACACCUUCUGUACUUGAGUUUAGAUUGGAGUCGACUUGAAAAUGAUGUUGAUGAUGGUGAAAAUAAUGUUGAUAUUGAGGAAAUGUCAUUGGAGAAGCUACGGCCACACCCAAAUCUGAGAAGGCUGCUUUUGUGGGAUUACAGAGGAAUGAAAACUCCAAGCUGGUUUCCUUCCCUCAGAAAUUUGGUGGGCAUUUCUUUCUUUAACUGCAAAAACAUCCAACGUCUUCCUUCAUUGGAUGUAGUCCCUUCUCUUGAAGCUUUAGAAAUUGAAGAAUCAAUUAAUCUAGAGUACAUAGAUACUGAAGAAGGAUCCACAUUAUUCUUCCCUUCCCUAAAGCAUCUUUUACUCAGAAAUUGCCCAAAUCUAAAGGGAUGGCAGAGAUGCAACAGGGAUAAUAGAUCCGCAGCAGAACUGCUUCCAUUUCCUUGUCUUUCUGACUUGGAGAUUCAUUCUUGCCGUAACCUGACUUCAAUUCCACCUUUACCAUGUCUUGAGAAACUGAGAUUGGAGAAGGCUAGCAUGAGGUCAUUGGAGCAGAUACUGAAGCUGACAAUUUCAGUUUCAGGUUCCAGCUCUUCUGCUUCUCAUCCAUCUUCACUUUCCCCUGCUGUGUCUCAAUUGAAAAGCUUGACAAUUUGGGAAAUUGAGGAUUUGGAAUUUCCACCAGUGGAGCUUCUGCCAAGCUUCACUUCUCUUCAAGAAGUGAGUAUUUUUGACUGCUCGAGGUUGAGUACUACUGCAUCUGAAGAUGAAAAUGAUAACAAUGAGCAAUGGAAAUGCCUUCAAAGCCUCCGCACUCUUAGCUUGGUUGGUAUUCCAGAAUUGGUGGCUCUUCCAAAUGGGCUUCAACAUGUUGCUGCUUUGCAAACUCUCAUAAUUGAAAGGUGUGAUAAUUUGAUGUCUUUACCAGAGUGGAUGGCAAAUCUCACAGGAUUACAGUAUCUAUCUAUCUAUGCAUUUUCCGGACUGGAUGAAACAUGGAGAAACAACAUGGUUGAGGAUUGGCACAAGAUUUCCCACAUCCCAAAUAUUCAAGUAAACUUCACACAGAUCCAACAGAAUGGCCUCUACCAACGGUGAUUAGAAGAAACCUUUACAGUUUUGCUAGUUACGUACGUUCCUUUGCAUCAGCAAAGUGUAACCAAGUACUUCUACAAGUUAAUACUUCCCAAGUCCUCAGGUUAUUCCUUCAAGUGUUUAUGAAGUAAUGCGAUAGUCCUGUCUUUGGACUUGGAGGAACUUCAACUUGCUGCCACUCUCCACCAGCUUGCUAAGAAUUAGUGAGUUCUGAAACUCUUUCAACUCACAUAUGACCAGUGGUUGAUUCAAUAAACGUUUACAACAACAUGUUGGUUGUUUUCCAUGGAGGACACCUGAUGGUAAAUAAACUACAAAUUAACUGGAGACUCUGUAGGGUGGAAUAUGCGGAAUUUAGCUUGUCUAGGGGCAGCCGAAUCCAGUGGAAGAAAUCUCCUAGGGCCAAAAGGCCCAAACUGGUGUACUUCAUAUUUUCAAUAUUUAUUAAUAGUAAAAUGACUUUUAAUUUUUGAAUAAUAUAUAUGUCAGGGACUUAGUAGAAUGUCUACUAAUUAAGUUUGCUGAUUGUGGUGUUUGAUUGUUAGACUUGCUUCACUUUCAUCUUGUAUUUGUAUCCAGAUUUUUUCACUUAACACUGUAAGUCUUAAGCUGGUUGUAUGGGGUUUGAUCUAAUGAUCAGGGAUUAAUAUGGCUUACUCUGUUAA